AUGUGUCGCAUAUGUCACGGCGGCGACACGUUAUCACAGGAACUGGGCAGUUUAAUAUCGGCUUGCUCUUGCCGUGGUACAGUUGGCAGAGUGCAUGUGAGAUGCUUGGAGCGGUGGCUGACGGAGUCUGGCAAGUCGAGAUGUGAAUUGUGCGGUAUCACUUACAUUACCCGGCGCGUCCACCGGUAUGGCGUGCCCAGAGCUCUAGUCAUGUGGAUUUUGAGCCAGAAUACUAAACAGUUGAUGGUGGACACCUUGGGUAUCAUGCUGAUGUCACCGCUCGCCGUUCUAGCGGCAUGGCUCUCUGGAAAGACGCUCGCAACUUUAAUAUCGCAGGAGAACCAUACUUCUCCAGCGCCCUGGCCUCUUGCUUCAACUUUCGUCCUAGCCUGCAUGACCCUCGUUUGCUAUUACUGUUGGAUUGUGUCGGCGGCGACGCGGCACGCACUUAGCUGGUGGAUCUGGUACCGGUCCCAGUACGAAGUUAGGCUGCAGUUGAACAGCGACCCUGAAGAU